AUGCGCGUGUGCUACGACUUCCUGGUCACUGCGGUCGCCCUACUCGCGAAAAGCGGUGCUGCAUCAGCUACCAACGCGCUCUCGGAGAGGGUGCCGUCCGACUCGGUGGAGACUAUCGACAUGACUCGGCGGUUCCUGAGGGCCUUCGAAGGGGACGAAGAGAGGACCUUUAAUGCAGCAAAGGUGGAUGACCUCAUCGACGUGAAGAAGCUCGAUGAUGCGCUCGACAGCAAGGCAGGUAUGAAAACCUUGUUCAGCGGUUUGUACAAUGCGGAUAAGGCGGACAGGGUGGAAGCUCUCCAAAGACUUGCGAACCACAAAAAGGAGUAUCAGUACCUUCUCGCAUAUUGGAAUGGCUACAAGAUAAGAUGGCAGAAAAGGCUGCCAAGGCCGCGCGUAAUGCGAACUGAGAAGAAUAACAAAAUAUUCAGGUAG